CCAGCCCAAUAGACGGAUGAGUUAUUGUCAUGUAAAAAGCGCCAGCAAUAAGACCAACCGCUUUGCUAUUGUCCAAGUGGAAAGAGCCAAGUUUAUUAUGAGGACUAUAUGCUCUAGAGACCUCAGACAAGGCAUCUCAUAGGAGGCUUUUUCAUAAAACUAGGCUCUGCUGGUAGUAAGGAGGCCAGUUUGGAGGCAGGCGUUGAGCUGUGCACAUCUCCCCACUCCAGCCACCUUCUCCAUACCCAUCUUUUAUUUCAUUUUUCCACUUGGCUGAGCCAUCCAGAGCCUUUUCAAUGUAUAAAAUGGAAUAUUCUUACCUCAAUUCCUCUGCCUACGAGUCCUGUAUGGCUGGGAUGGACACCUCGAGCCUGGCUUCAGCCUAUGCUGACUUCAGUUCCUGCAGCCAGGCCAGUGGCUUCCAGUAUAACCCGAUAAGGACCACUUUUGGGGCCACGUCCGGUUGCCCGUCCCUCACGCCGGGAUCCUGCAGCCUCGGCACCCUCAGGGACCACCAGAGCAGUCCGUACGCCGCAGUUCCUUACAAACUCUUCACGGAUCACGGCGGCCUCAACGAGAAGCGCAAGCAGCGGCGCAUCCGCACCACUUUCACGAGUGCGCAGCUGAAAGAGCUGGAGAGGGUCUUCGCGGAGACGCACUACCCUGACAUCUACACCCGGGAGGAGCUGGCCCUGAAGAUCGACCUCACCGAGGCGCGAGUCCAGGUGUGGUUCCAGAACCGCCGCGCCAAGUUCCGCAAGCAGGAGCGCGCAGCAGCGGCUGCAGCGGCCGCGGCCAAGAACGGCUCUUCGGGAAAGAAGUCUGACUCCUCUCGGGACGACGAGAGCAAAGAGGCCAAGAGCACCGAUCCGGACAGCACCGGGGGUCCAGGUCCCAACCCCAACCCCACUCAGCUGCGGGAGCCUAACGUGAUCGCGGUAAGAAUAAAGAGAAAAGGGCGUCGCCCCCAUUUCAACCCCACUCCUACCCUCUUCCUCAACCUCCAAACGAAACGAAACACUUCCCUGGCUUCGCACCUGCCUCAGGGCCGCGCAGACGGGCCAGGGCUCCGCCUGCUGCCUGGGAGGUGUGAGCGGCGCGGCCUGGACUCGGGGGCGCUCUCAGGGGGCUGUGUCUGCGUGUCGGUGUACGUCCGUCUCGGGGAAUGUGUGUCUGUGGCCCGAGCAGACAGCACAGACUCCCUUGGGGCUCCUCCUCGGGGAAGAGAAGGGACGCUUUCCAGCCCCCCUUUCCCUCUCGUCCUUGGGUUCGGGCCGCUGCGGCGACGACUCAUGCGUACUGUUCCCGCGGCCAAGGUGACUUCUCGAGCCCUCUUGCCUGCCCCACUUCGUCGAACACCAUUCUGCCAGCUGCGCAUCCGAACCCCACAGCAUUGCAACUCUCAGCCCGAAUUCACAGAGCACAAGAGAUCAGUGCCUAGUCCACUGUGGGACUCGGUAGCAAGAAGGCGGGAUGCUAAUUUCCAAGUUGGAGAAAGUGCAGUGUGCUGGCACCUUCAGGACUGA